GCUGUGCUCCGAUUGGUCUCAAACUCUGUCAAUCAAAAGUUCCAGAACGGGACAGAUACGCUGUUGGUGAAGCUGAGAUCGUUACCCGGUUAACGGUACCGAGUAAAGGUUGUUUUUGGGAUGCGCUUCAACGCUUCAUCUGGCGCGUGCUCGAGCGAUGUGUUGAUUGAACUGACGGAACCGCUGCGCGUGCGGUCGGCUCCGGUAACGGGGGCCGCGGUGUCGGGUGUCUGUGUCGCGGUGGUCGCCGCUGCGCUCAUCUACAUGUGUUACCGGAAGAGGGUGAUCAUCACGGCUCCGGGAUCGCAGAGGCGACUGGAGGUGUGUGAACACAAUAGUGAAUGUGACAGCGAGAGCGGGAGAUCACAACACAAGACUGAACCUGAUAAAGCUGAUGACCCUCAGCUGACAGUAAACAGUGAUGUCGCUGCGUUUGCGUUGAAGGCUCGAGUCGUGUAUCCCAUCAGUCAGCGAUUCAGACCGUUAGCAGACGGAGCGUCUAACCCCUCACUGCACGAGAAGUGCCCGACCUCGCCCAAUCAGGACUCCUCCUCAUCAUCAGGUGAUGAUUGGCUGAGCCGAGAGAGAGAGGACGAUGAAAGCAGUCAGUUUAUGUCAUGCAGUCUCAAUAACACACAAACCAGCCGUCCGUUCAGAAGAGUCAAGCAUUACCCACAAACCCUGGCUCACUCACGGAACAGUUUGCUGUGUUUGACUCUACAAGAGCUUCAUCUCUACACUACACAACUGCAGCAGGAGAAAUAUAAGAUUUUCCUGGAGAUUUUGCCCGUUUUGCUGGGUGACAGAGAGCACGCUGACAUCAUCCACACGCAGCAGCUGCAGGAAGUGGAGGUGCUGAAGAAAGAGAUGAUGAGGGAGGACGAGCGGCAGGAGUCUGACACACUCUUGUGUUCUAUAGAGGAGAUGGAGAAAACGGGAAGACAGAAUCUCACUCGCUCGCUGCAGACGGCUCUGAGAUUUGGAAAGCAGAUGGAACGUCUCCGUCAGAGCCUUCACAGCAGGUUUAGCAGGGAUGACGCACAGGAAGUGACGCGUGCAUUACUGAGGAGUCUGCGGUUGGUGGAGACGGUUCUUGCUGAGAUCCAGCGGUCUGUUCUGAAGACGCUGAUGGACAGGCUCGAGUGGUGGGAGGAAGUGGCCGAUUGGCUUAGAGAGAAAAGCGCCCACCUGAAAAAGGAGGCGGAGCUUGUGGUGAAGCUCACGGGCCAAUCGGUGGAGCGGCUGAGACCUGAUGGACAGCGGGAGAAACUGAUGAGUGAAUUUCAGACGAGAGUUACUGAGGAACUCCAGCAGUGGAUGGAUGAGAUGGGUCGUCAGACUGAUGAACUCACACUCAAACACUGUGAGAAGGUGUGUAUGAGGAGGAAGAGGAUGAUGAAGACUCAGAGUUCAGACACACACACAGAUAUUCAGAGGAUGUUGGAUGUGCAGGUGACACACUGGAAUCACUGGAGAGACUUUGAGCUUCAGCAGGAUGCAAGAAUCACUGACGCUUUGUGUGAACGCUGGAGGAGUUUGUGCGGUAAGUGUAGCAGACGCUUGACUGAUCUGAGCACAGAGUGUGUGGAGAGCAACAUUGCUUCAUCAACGGACCUCUGCCAAUCAGAGCUGAAGACCCUGAAACUCACAGUGACCAAUCAGAUACAGCGAGAGGAGAGACACGCCCACACGCACCUGCAGAUGAUGCGAGAGCAGCUGCAGAGAUGCAGACAGGUGUGGAUUGAAGAAGAGGCUUUGACUCUGUGCUGUCUGAAUCACUUUGGAGAACAGCAGCGUAAGAUCGUCAUGGCGAUGGUUUCCAGGCAUUCAGACAUCAGUUGUGAUCUGAUCGAGGAGCAGCAGGGUCUUUUGGUUCUGGAGUUUCAGAGGAUUUUAUCAGCGAGAUAUUUUUGCCUGCGGACCGUGAGAGAGAUGCACUCUGAUGCGCAGGACCCCUGUGUUGCCGUGGAAACUCUUCCCCGUGAGGCAGCUCAAAACCUUCAUCACGAGCAGCUGUCAGAGCUGGAGGCCGCGGCUGACAUGCUACAAGAACACGCCCACAUUCUGUUUGGCCACGCCCUCGCAUGCACCACGAGGCUGCAGAUGAGCUGUCUGUCUGCUGGAGGUUCUGUGAGGACAGACAGAUGCGUGAAGGAAGGGUUGAUUGACGCGGUGUGUGAAAGUGUGUUUGUGACACGGGAUUCUCUUCUCUCUCUCAUCCGUGAUUAUUACACACAUAUCCAGCACAUCGCCAUGACGACGCUGCAGCAGCUGCGACCACACACCACUGCAACGGACAGAAGGAGCGGCGCUCGGGCUCUACACACACAACUCAACAACUGUGCCAGAAAACUCAACUCUACUGAAUCACUUCACAGGAUUGUUGAGAUAAAGACAAAGUGUCUGAGCGAGUUUGAAAACAAGCAUCACAAUCCAGUGCGAACACACAACUACAGACAAGAACUUGCGGAAGAAGAGAAGACCUUUAUGUGUCGUCUGGCAGCUCUGGCACAUGUUUCUCUCGACAGCAUAAGCACAGAAUAUCUCACAGGGCCAGAUGUCAGAGAAAGAAACGUUCAGACAGUCACGUGAUGUAUGCAGGUUAUAACAUCUCGUAUAUGUUUAUUCACCUGUUCACUUCAUUCUUCAUUCCUUUUGAAUGCAUACAUGUGAUUUAACACGUUCAUCUCUGUUGUCUCUGUGAAAGCUUCACAUGGAUUUACAGCGACUCUAUGCAUGACACACUGUGUGUGAUAUUGUAAAUAUUGUAAUGUCUUUGUACAUACUGUAUAAUGUAUCUUAUGUAUUAUGAGUAAUUUCUGCUGACAUGAACUAGUGUACCAGUGCUAAGAUAAAGUAGAUAUAGUUUACACGCAACACUUCAGAAUAACGUGUCGGAUCACAACAGUCUGCCUACGGAAAUUAUAACUGUCCCUACUUUGACUAUUUUUAAAUCCAGGUUAAAACUUUUUUAUUUGAUUUGUCUUAUAAUGCAUGAUUAUAGCAGUAGUUGUGUUUAAUCGUGCUUUAUAAAUAAAUUGAGACUGAAAACCACACUAGAAAUUCUCUCAGAUUAAUUCCAGAAAACCUCAGUCACAUUUCAGAGUAGUUUUAUGGUGCCCCUGAAAAUAUUUACACAAACCAGUUUUUCUAGACUAGCCGACUCUGUGACUGACAAGCUGCAAAAGUCCAACCUAAACCCAUUACUUGGGUAACUAACCACAUUGCAUCUAGAAACUACAUUGUAAGAAACAAUAGGUUAAACCUGUAAAUAACACAUCUUUACACUGAAUAUAUAUUUUUUGUCUACUUUUUGGGGUUUUAUUUAAUUCAUAUAUUUUUCUAUUUUAAUGUGUAUUUGCACUAUGUUUGCACCAUGUGUACACUUUCUUCUGCACUUAGCUCCUGUCGCCAAGUCAAAUUCCUUUGGUGUAUAAACAUAAUUGGCAAUAAACUCCUUCUGAUUCUGAUUAUCAAUCCUGUAUGGUAUAUUUAUAAAUAAACAAUAAUACAUAUUAUAA